UGGGCCUGGCGGGCCUCCGCAACGCAGUAGUCGCCGGACUUCGGGCUGCGAUUGUGGGAGCCCGGCUGCCGCCGCUGCUGCUGCCGCCGCCCACCGCCCCCCACUGGCAGCGCCGCCCCCUCUGUGGCCGCCCGCGAAGCAAGGCUGCCAAGCCCGGGCUCCGCCUGCCUCCUUCCUCGCGACUCUCCGCGUCCUCGCCGGGCGGGCGCGAUGCAGCUGGGCCCAAGGCCCGCGGCGCUGGGGCUGCUGCUGCUGCUGCUGCUGUGCGCCGCGGUGGCUGGCGCCAGCAAGGCGGAGGAGCUGCAUUACCCGCAGGGCGAGCACCGGGCAGACUACGACCGCGAGGCGCUGCUGGGCGUCCAGGAAGACGUCGAUGAGUAUGUUAAACUUGGCCACGAAGAGCAGCAAAGACGACUGCAGUCGAUCAUAAAGAAAAUUGAUUCGGACUCAGAUGGUUUUCUCACUGAAAGUGAACUCAGCCAGUGGAUUCAAAUGUCCUUUAAGCAUUACGCCAUGCAAGAAGCCAAACAGCAGUUUGUCGAAUAUGAUAAGAACAGCGAUGGUACUGUGACAUGGGAUGAGUACAACAUCCAGAUGUACGACCGUGUGAUUGACUUUGAUGAGAACACUGCUCUGGAUGACACAGAAGAGGAGUCUUUUAGGCAGCUUCAUUUAAAGGAUAAGAAGCGAUUUGAAAAAGCUAACCAGGAUUCUGGUCCUGGUCUGAAUCUUGAAGAAUUCAUUGCUUUUGAGCACCCUGAAGAAGUUGAGUAUAUGACGGAGUUCGUCAUUCAAGAGGCUUUAGAAGAACAUGACAAAAAUGGUGAUGGGUUUGUUAGUUUGGAAGAAUUUCUUGGCGAUUACAGGCGAGACCCAACUGCAAAUGAAGAUCCAGAAUGGAUACUUGUUGAGAAGGACAGAUUUGUGAAUGAUUAUGACAAGGAUAAUGAUGGCCGGCUCGAUCCCCAAGAGCUGUUAUCAUGGGUGGUGCCCAAUAAUCAGGGCAUUGCACAAGAGGAAGCUCUUCAUCUAAUUGAUGAGAUGGAUUUGAAUGGUGACAAAAAGCUCUCUGAAGAAGAGAUUCUGGAAAACCAAGACUUGUUUCUUACCAGCGAAGCCACGGAUUAUGGCAGACAGCUCCACGAUGACUAUUUCUAUCAUGAUGAGCUGUAACUCCUAAUUAUGCCCAAGUGCAGGAUGGGUCCUUUUGUAGUUUGCUACCAGCUUUACUUUUAUGAUAAAAUAUUGAUGUUGUAUUUUACACUCUUAAGUCUUACCAUAUCAAAUCUUAAUGUAGAUUAUAAUUUUGGGCCUUCUAGAAGAAAAACAAAACAAAACUUGAUAUUUAUUUCAAGAUUUAUUGAAGGAGUAAAACAUUAAUAUUGUGCCAUAUGACCACACAGUCUUUCCCAAGUACUCCAUCUGUGUAGUGCUGUGUUGUGGGAUGACUGAGUUUUGUUUCCAUACUUGAAGAAAUGGAGGACUUUAGACAUGUCUAAACAAUAGUAUUUAAGUAGCAUGUGAUGAAGCGAUCAGUUUUUGUUCUGUACUAAGUAGAUUUACUUUUGAAACUGACAAAGGACAGUGUUUUUAGGUUUAGUGUUAUAUUUUAAAACCUUUAAAGGAACCUUCAGAAGGACUUAAACCUCACAUAGAUGUUGAGAAGUUCUACUUAAUUUUAAAAUGGUUUCUAUAAAAGGUUUUGUCGUAUGAAAUAGAACUUUAUAUUUUUGCAUAUGUAUAGAUAGUAAUUAUAUUUAAUGUAUAAUUAUAGCAUUAUGGUGAGUGGAAAUUGACAUUGUCCAGACUUCAUUUUUGACUGAUUAAAAAUAAACUGUCCUAUCUUUUUAUAUGGUUUUUUUUUCCAGAUAAAUCUUAAAUUUAGCACGGGUUUCAUUGUAUUAUACAUUAUUCAUUCCUUUACUUAGGUAGUGAAUGUUCUCAAAACUGUUAAUUAUUCUAGUGCAUAUUCUUAUUUUGCCUUUUUUUAAUAAAAGAAUUAUGUUAUCA